AUGUCUGUUACGCUGCUUAUACCAUUUGCUAUCAACCUCGCGCCAAAAAGCUCGUCAUGGGAGGAAGCUGCGACUGGAGAUCCGUCUCAGCCAGACUCAAUUAGCCAAGAGCCACAAUCUGGAAACCUGGACCAAACAGACCACUUGCACAAUAUCCCACCGAGAGAUGAUUAUCUGCUAGAUCCUGCCUGGGACUUCGAAGCUGCUCCUGUCACAAGAACGUACAACUGGACCUUGAGAGAGACCGUUUGGGCGCCUGAUGGAGUCGUCAGGCCCAUGCUGCUUAUCAAUGAACGAUUCCCAGGUCCUCUGAUAGAGGUGAAUGAGUUCGACACAAUCCGAGUGGUGGUUAAUAACCAGAUGAGUAAUGCAACGUCUAUACACUGGCACGGAAUCUACCAAAAUGAUACCAACUCUAUGGAUGGCACCGUUGGUAUCACGCAGUGUCCCAUCGCAUCUAUGAGCAGUUUCACCUACGAGUUCACCGUGCGAGGACAGAGUGGUACCUAUUGGUACCAUGCACACCAAGGCGUUCAAGCCUCGGACGGUCUAGUGGGACCCUUAAUCAUACAUUCCAAAGAUGAAAGACAGCUACAGCAAAUUCAAUACGCUAGUGAUCGCAUCAUCAUGCUUUCUGAUCACUACCAUGAUCUUUCUGGUGCGCUAGCCAGGAAAUACUUGGCUCCAGAUAUGGAAAAUACAGAACCAGUCCCUGACGGAGCCUUGAUCAACGGCAGAGGUUCCGUUCGCAAUUGCGAUGAAUUGCCCCACAGACAGUGUGAUAAUUCUUCAAGCAACGUCGGAAUACCCACUUUCGAUCUUGAACCGAAUCGUCAUCACAGGCUUCGAGUCAUCAAUGUUGGUGCCUUCGCCGAGUUUCAAUUCCAGAUCGACGAACACGAGCUGGCGGUGACAGAAGUGGACGGCACUGACGUCCAGCCGAAGAAUUUCCAUCGCCUCAACAUCAAUCCCGCUCAGCGCUACAGCGUGGUUGUCCACACGAGCAAGAAAGAGGGGACGGCCUUCAGAAUGAGGGCUCGAAUGAUCUCCCAUUGUUUCGCCGAGGCGAACCCAAGUAUGGUUGAAACUGCAACUGGUGUUGUACGCUACAGCACCCUUGCAGAGAACAGGAUGGCAAUUGAAAUACCUGACACCAUCGAUUGGGACGAGGCUAUCGGUCUUGAGUGUAAGGACUUAAACACGACAGACCUGGUGCCUGUUCAAGUCGUUGCAGCUCCUGCAAAGCCGGAUUCGUUGAUUUUCUUACGCAGCGCCUUCGAGAUCGGCGCCUACAGAUUGUCGAGGGGCAAGUUCAACACGAGCAGUUGGCGCGCUGAUGUGACAAGUCCCACAUUAUUUCGAUCGAUCGACGGGUUGCAGGCGAGAAACUCAUCCUUCGAUGGGGAGAAAGGCAGUGGGGACGUAUUUGUCAAUGACAAGGCUUUCCAUCAGCCUACCGAGCUUGUCGUCCAAUCUUCAGGCAUCAAGACUAUAGACAUAUUGAUAUCCAACUUCGACGAUGGAAAUCAUCCCUAUCAUCUUCACGGAUACAAGUUCUGGGUGCUUGCUCAAGGUCAUGGCUAUCCUCCAAGAAAGUCACUCGACGGCCCUAUGGAUACAGAUAAUCUCUCACCUCUUUAUGAUUCGCUUGAUCUCUCGAAUCCUCUGAGACGCGAUACUGCUAGCGUUGAAGCUUUCGGCUGGGCCUUGAUUCGAUUCGUGGCCGACAAUCCUGGUGCCUGGGCGUUCCACUGCCAUAUCUCGUGGCAUGCUGAGGCAGGCUUGCUCAUGCAAUUCCUCACACGGACCGAUCUCCUGGUUGAUGCCGAGAUAUCAGAGGCACAUCGAGACCUCUGUAGGGCCAGCGGCCUUGAGAAAGGUACGGGGCCAAAGGAUGAGCUUUAUUACGAUGAGGCGUGA